CAGCCUGACCUUGGCCGGAAGCGGAAGGUGUGGAGCCGGUGGCAGUGAGUUCACGAUCCUGCGGGAAUUGCCACCGACUUGCCAUCAAACAGCCUCAUUAUAGACCCGAGUAUCCCAAUUCACAAUACUUGCAGACCGCCUGGAUGUCUGCCGAAGACAAGCCUGUCUAAUUCGCCCGCUAUAUGCCCAUAUCGGAGCACGACUUCACUCAAGCAUGCCAUGAGUUGCAUUCACGCUGGGCACAGCUGAGAGGCCCAAAUGAUUGGGAAGAUGUAAAGGUCUUACAAGACCACGGCAAAACCUACCUCCGCAUCACCAAGCGGCUCGCAUCGCCAUCACCCAAUUCCCAACCGGCGUCCAUCACAGAAACCGAAGACGAAAUUCUCGAAGAUGAUAACGAGUCCCUCCAAUGCCCACCAAUUCCCAAACCAGAAAUCACCCUCCACCACGACAUCCUGCUCUCCCCAUCCUAUCAGGUCCCAGUCCUCUACGUAACACCCAGCACUCCCCUCCCACCUCAAACCUCCAUUCCCUCCCUCCUGGUUCCCAGGCCUUAUCGCGCCCAGAUUCAGGAUGUAGGAGUCAUGGGCGCCCUCAGCAUGACCGAGCACCCCGUCUCCGGCGCCCCUGCUUAUUUUCUGCACCCUUGUCGAACGGAGGAGGCGAUGGGAGCUGUUUCUUCCGCUGUGGGAGGGGGGAGUGUCGAGCCUUUGGAGUAUAUUUGUUUGUGGUUGGGAGUUAUGGGUGGGAGUGUGGGGUUGUAUUUGCCUCUUGAGCUUGCGGAGGAGUAUAGAGGGAGGGAAGCGAUGGGGAGCUUGAUGGAGGGUCAAGGACGGGAUUGAUGCCUGGAUUGCGGGAGUCGCCAAGUGAACAGGCUACG